UUUGAAAAUUAUUAUUUUUAAUUGUUUUGUUCCGAACACUUUUAAUUUAUUUAUUUAAUAUCUGGUUGACCGAGCUUCACUCGGCUCGUUUGGUAGUAUUAGAUCAGAUUAGGACAGAUAAAUAUGCGUAUAGUAUGCAUUUUGAAGUACACGCGCUAAUUAAAAGUACACAUUAAAAAAGAAAUUCCAUAAGCAGUCUUUGUUUUAAACACUGAUGAGUGACAUGUAGAGAUUAAAGAAUAGAAAACUGGAAUUAUUGUCUGACAUUUAUUACAAUCUCAUCUGUUACCCAAGUUCUCUCUCUGUCGUUCUUUUUUUUUCUAAUUCUCUCUCUCUCGACUCUAGAAAAAGGCCACAACCACAUUCUUACUGCCAGAAGAGUUUCGCCUCUGGUGUGGUUAACAUACUAAGUUACCGUGCUCUUUUGCGUUAUUUCUAAUUUCUCAAUCUCAACCCUGCUCCCGAAGAUGCGCCACUUACGAAAGUGUGCGAAACGUUGAGCCCAAAAACUCAUAUAACACGGCUCCAACCCGGAAUACGAUCACACAUUGACUCCGACCGUGGAACCUCUGAAAUGAAUGCUUGACAACAUAACUUCAAUUCAACGCACUUUCGUGUGCCUUUUAUCCGCUCACUGUUUAGUUUUCCGUAAAUUUUCUCUCUUCAGAAGGUGAAUUUUAGCGUCCUCUAUACAGUGGAGUAUGUUUCGGUACGUACAAUUGAAGAUAAAAAGGUACGUCAAACGUACUGUCAGACUGUCACCCAAACUUCUCUUAUAAAACAAUCUCGUGUUCUUGUAGUGUCAUCUGAUGUUGCCUAGCAACAAAUAUAAUUCACUGCCUGAAAAUUGCUGAAAAUGUAUGAAACUGUAAUUUUCAGAAGUUAAAACUAUGAUGAAUCGAUUUCUUGACCCAAAAAACCCCCAACCUGUAAAUUUCAUCGAAAUCGUUAGAGCCGUUUUCGAGAAACCCAUUAUAUAUACAUAUAUACAAACUUUGCUCGUUUAAUAGUAUAAGAUAUACAGGGUGUUUUUGAAAUACAUGGAAACAAAAAAUCUGGUGAAUGUAGGGAACCUAAGAAGUCAAAUGAACGUUUGUUGUUUUAGUAAAAUUUUGAAAAGAAAAUUUAACCCCUAUCCAAACAUUCAUUCCUCCGCUGAUAAAUAAUGGUUUCACGAAAAAAUGUGAAACCUAGUAACUGAAAACUGCCGAGGUGUAACUACUGUUGCUAUUAAUUUAUUGCUAGCAACAAAUAAACAAUGACAAUAAUUAAUGAACUGACAAUUAAAACUUCAAAAUCAUAAUUUAAUCAACCCUAAAAUGAAACAAAACGUAACGUAUGCAACUAGAGCAAGUUUUCAAAAUGUCCACGACCAUUUCGUAUACACACUUCCGCACGUCUAAUCAAUGAUUGUUGGGUUCUCGUUAUCAUUUCGGGAUGUGCUCUAAUUUCAGCAGCUACAUUUGUUAUUCUGUCCCAAAGUUCCUCAACAGAAUUUACUGGUGUUCGGUAAACCAACUCUUUCAUGUGACCCCAUAAAAAGAAGUCGCACGCAUUCAAAUGAAACUCCCACUCGGUAAGACAAUCGUCUAAUGCUUAUACCUGGAUCGUUUUCAACGACACUCAAAAUUUCUUCUUCGGCAUCAACUGUCCGUUCUGUCCUUUCACGACCACGAUCACUAAAACGAGGUUGAAAUUUCCCAUUUUCUCGUAGACGCUGACCAACGUUAGCAAAUGUUUUAUGAUUUGGCAAUCUUCGUUCGGGAAAUGCUUCUUGGUAUAAACGUCGAGCUUCCAAGGAGUUUCCUAAGGCUUGUCCAUACAUCAGAACCAUGUCAGUCAUUUCAGAAUUAGAAAAAUUCAUUUUGUUCUUCCAAAAAAUUGCAAAAACGUCAAAAAAUGAUGAGCUAAUGAAUGUAUUGUCAUGUUAACAAGCAACAAUUUUACCUACUUUAAAUUACUAUAGUGAUCAAAUUUACCUUUAACAUUUUUGGAAUCAGUAGCGCACACGCAAAUUUUAACAGAUUUUCAAUCAAUUUUAUCUCGAAAACUAAAGGAUUUUUAUUAGAUCAAUAUUUGAUGCAUAAAUUCUCUACAUCAUGACCAAUUACCUUAAAAAAAGUUUCCAUCUAUUUCAAAAAUACCCUGUAUAGAAACUUUGCUCGUUUAAUAGUAUAAGAUAUUUAAGUCUCCUGGAUACGAUUUAAUACUUUUUAUUAUGGCAAGAGGCAACGCUUCCAGAAAACGAUUGUCUUCCACGAAAAGGAAUCGAGGAAAUGCCACCGCACUUCAAAGAUGGAGAGAUUUUCAGAAUAAGAAUAAGGCUGGAACGACUGCUGCAACUGUUCAGGAUUCCACUGCAGAUGUUUUGCCUUCCACUACUGGAAAUUGUUCAGAACCGGUUGAUAUCUCUGAAGAAGUUAUUACUAAUUUUCAAAGUGAUACCAGUUCGAUCCGUAUUGGUUUCAACACAAUCCAUACGGAUCAUUAUAACAUUUCCGGGUCGGCGUCAUUUUCCAUUUAUUUUUUAAAUGUUCCUUGUGGAAUAAGGUUCAAAAUAUAUGUGGAUUCUGGUCACUAUUAUAUAUCAAAAACAAUAAGUGAUAUUUCGUGGAUUCAUUACACAGUAAAUGUCGUAAAUGGAUAUGUAUAUAUCUAUGAAAAUGAUCGGCGCUUACAAGUUUGGAGGGUGAAUUCGAAUAUCCCUAAUGUUUUUAUCCAAACAACUUGUGAAUCUACGUGGAAGAUUCAUAAAUAUCGAGUCAGAGUCGCAAAUAAGCUUUCUCCAGCACAAGUAUCCUUGACUAUCCCACCUGCAAUAUCUUGCUUGAUGUUCUAUGUUUAUCUUUGUCCAGGCUGUCUUUUAGAAAUCCAAGCAUCUAGAAACUACAGUUUGCAAGUUAAACCUGAUGACACGACUAAGAAUGGGUUGUUCAAAAGUCAAGAAGUUUUAGUCGAAGUUAAUAGGAAUUUAAAUUUGGUUCCACAAACAUUACAUGGAGUAAAACAAACGUUUUGGGGAAUAGACAUACGAAAGUGUCCUAACAUAAAACUCAAUAAAUCAAUAUACGAGGUCCAGUUGAGCAACAACGAACGAGAAAAAAACAGAACAUGCGAAUUCUUGUCUCCAAAUAGUGAGAGUCCAAGCAGGAUCGCAAAAGUAUUUCCAGAAAAUCAGUGUGAACCUGGAUUUUUGGGACAAAAAUGUGACUUACGCUGUGACGAAUUGCUGGGACCAGAGAAAACUUAUUGUGAAAAUCACAAAAUUUGUGAAAAAUUUUCAAAUAAUUCAAUCUGUUCGUGCUCCUGGGGAUUUCAAGAGCCACUAUGUGUUCAACCAUGUAUGGAUGGAAUGUGGGGUUUAUCGUGUAAACGCACAUGCAAGCACUGCCAAAAUUGUGAUAAAAAAACAGGAGAAUGUAUCACGGUUUCAGGCUCAAUAGUGUUUUCAAACAUAUCGUCUCCAAAAUCAAAUCACUCAACUAAAGCUUAUUUUCUGCUGCCUAAAGAUGGUUUUAUAAAUUCAACAGAAGAAAUUAUUGCAUACGCUUUAUUUUUAUUUGAAGAGCAUGUAAAGAUAAAGCGCACAAGUGGAUCAUGGAAUGGAACUUUAGGAAGUUGGCCUUCUAUUCCGGAAAAUUCUAUACAACUUACACCCAAUUUUUGGAAUCCGUUCACCGAUGAAAAUCUUACCUGCGAUUUUAUAAUUGGGGAUGACAGCAGUUGUUGUAAAGUACACUGUUAUAAUACACCUUUAAAAUCCAAUACCAAUUAUGGUUUAGUGGUUAGAGCGUUAACAAACCACGCAUAUAAUGAUAGCUCUUUGCUUUUUUUCCAUACAGUUUCAGGCUCAAUAGUGUUUUCAAACAUGUCGUCUCCAAAAUCAAAUCACUCAACUAAAGCUUAUUUUCUGCUGCCUAAAGAUGGUUUUAUAAAUUCAACAGAAGAAAUUAUUGCGUACGCUUUAUUUUUAUUUGAAGAGCAUGUAGACAUAAAGCGCACAAGUGGAUCAUGGAAUGGACCUUUAGGAAGUUGGCCUUCUAUUCCGGAAAAUUCUACACAACUUACACCCAAUUUUUGGAAUCCGUUCACCGAUCAAAAUCAUACCUGCGAUUUUAUAAUUGGGGAUGACAGCAGUUGUUGUAAAGUACACUGUUAUAAUACACCUUUAAAAUCCAAUACCCAAUAUGGUUUAGUGGUUAGAGCGUUAACAAACCACGCAUAUAAUGACAGCUCUUUGCUUUUUUUCCAUACAGCUUCUGAUGAUAGCUAUUGGUUCAGUAUCUACUUUAUUUCGCUAGCGGUAUUGAUAAGUCUUAUUUUCAUAAUUCUUAUUCUAAUACGUAUAAUGUACAAAAGAAGGAGACGAAAUAAACAGCCAGCUAUUAUUCAAGAAGUUAUAAUGUUAACAGAAGACAAGAAACCUCUUGAGGACACAGUCAUCGACUUUGACAGCCUCGAAAAUCGUUGCCUGCAACCUACAUUCCUUACAACUUUGAGAACACAAUUCAAUUUAAUUUCAGGUACUGUGCCCCAUAGUUCUUCUAGAAUUGGUUUGCAACCUGAGAACAUCAAUAAGAAUAAAGACCGCAAUCGAAUUAUACCUUUCGAUCUCAACAGAGUUAUUCUUAAACCAAUGGAAGGUGUAGGAACAGGAGACUAUAUAAAUGCUAGCUACAUUGAUGGUUACGAUCGUCCGAAAGCUUAUAUUGCUUGUCAGUCGCCCAAAUUUUACACAGUUAAAGAUUUCUGGAGAAUGAUAUGGCAACAGGAAGUUAGUGUUAUAAUAAUGGCAACAAAUUUUAUUGAAUGUCAGAAGCGAAUGUGUGCAGAGUAUUGGCCCCAGCGCUUGUCAGAGUUGUAUGAAUGUGGUAAAAUCGUUGUAAAAUUGCUUAAGGAAACCACAUUUGAACAGUACAGUCAUCAAGAGCUUGAAGUAAUUUAUGGUAACAACGUCAGAACCAUACAUAAUUUUCAUCUCAAGUGGACUAUUAACGCUUCCAGUAUGUUUUAUCCGAAUAAUGUUUUACCUAUUGUAAAACUUAUAAGACAACGAUAUGAAAAUUCAAAUGGACCAAUUGCCGUACACUCAGGGUAUGGUACCGGUCGAGCGGGAAUUUUAAUUUUAUGCGAUUUGGCAUUACAGAUGAUCAAAAUUGAUAAGAAAGUUGACUUUUUCAACUUAACUAAAACACUUAGAGAACAACGACCAUUCAUAAUUAACAAAGUGGAAUGUUACUUGUUUGUACAUUUACUUGUAAACGAAUACUUUUUGGAACACAGAAAUCCGUUUCAGUGUACUGUUGGAAACAACAUAAAACAACAGUUUAAGUUUGUAGAAACUCUGCAUCAGUAUGAUAAUAUCUUUCAAGAAAAUAGUCUUCAAUAUUGUAUUCCUCGACUUCUUUUUCAAAGUGCAGUAGUUGCUCGGUAUGGACAGACAAGAAAAUAUUUAGUUUCUAAAGGACCAAAAGAAGACGAGCUUGUGGAAUUCUGGAAAAUGGUUGCAAGACAAUCAGUCCAUUGUGUUUUGUUUCUAAACAAGAAAUUUCCAUUGAGGGUAGACAUAACUGGAUCUACAGAAGUUGUGAAACUCAUCCUUACGCGAGUUGUAAAUACAACAUGUGGACAGAUGAUGGAGGGCUCUUUAUUGAUAUAUAACAGAAUUUCAAGAGAGAAGUACCAUGACGACAAUUUAUAUAUCUUCCAGUUUAACAACUGGAAAGUGAAUCAGCUCGUACCGAAUUCAGUAGAUAAAUUUAUUUCUGUAAUAAACCAUUUUCGGAAAGUCACAGCCAAGGAAGAAUUAGCUUUAGUUUCUUGCAGCGACGGAUUUACAGCUUGUGGUUUAUUUGUUGUUUUCUCAUACAUCAUAGAAAAAUAUGAAAAUGAGGCGGAUAUUGAUGUGUGUAAUGCGAUACGAAACGCCAGAAGAAGCGGAAAAUUAUUCCUCAACAGAACGAGGCAGCUAACAUUCAUAUACGAAUGCAUCAAAAAUUAUCGCGAACAUCAUAACAAAUACGAAGAAAUUGAAUAAAAAAUAACCUGCAUAGUGUAUUUAUUUACUACAUCAAUGAAACCUUUUGUUAGUAUAUUAUAUACCGAGGCGGAAAAUAUUCUAUUCUUGUCGAGAGAACUAUAGUGUACCGAGAGGUGCAGACUCAAGAUGAACUAGUUCUCGAGACACAGGAAUGGUAAUUUUCCCAGGUGCGUAUACUAUUUUAUUGAUAAUCGUUUUUAGUAGCUUUAAAUAAAUUAAAAAUGUCCUAAUUUAAAA